UACUUCUUUACCCAACAAGUAUCACAGCUAAAAUGGCCCGCACCAAGCAGACUGCCCGCAAGUCCACCGGCGGCAAGGCGCCCCGCAAGCAGCUGGCCACCAAGGCCGCUCGCAAGACCCCCGCCACCGGCGGUGUGAAGAAGCCCCAUCGCUACCGCCCCGGUACCGUGGCGCUGCGCGAGAUCCGCAAGUACCAGAAGUCGACUGAGCUGCUGAUCCGCAAGCUGCCGUUCCAGCGCCUGGUCCGUGAGAUUGCCCAGGACUUCAAGACCGACCUGCGCUUCCAGAGCCAGGCCGUGCUGGCGCUGCAGGAGGCCGCCGAGGCCUACCUGGUGGGUCUGUUCGAAGACACCAACCUGUGCGCCAUCCACGCCAAGCGUGUGACCAUCAUGCCCAAGGACAUCCAGCUGGCCCGCCGCAUCCGUGGCGAGCGCGCGUAAGCGUGCUGUCAAGGCCUCCUGGUUUGCGCCUUGAAGGGGUUGUUCUCAACCCCAACAAAACUCGGUGUUUCUCAACACCACCUUUACAGAGGAACGGUUUCUUCACUCGUAUGUAUGCAAUCUGGGGGGGAUUUGUGGACGGCCGCGGUGAUGGGGUCAGGGGUACGCCUGCGAAGCACGGUAGUUAAUUUUCAGUUGCGUAGGGCACGCGUGACGCUAUUAGUGCAGAUUGUGAUCUUCAUGUGUUGUGGCAACACCCAAAGGCCAAAGGGCCUGCAGGAAGUCAUGGAUGGGGGACUUGGCUCCAACACGCAGGGGAAAGGGCGGGCUUCCUGGGGCUCUCCAUGUAGGGGCGGGGAAAUCGUUGCAUUGGGGAAACCCUUGUC